CUUUUAUUAUGUAAAUAUAUCCGAUAAGUCGAGCGUGACGCGUGAUCAGCUGGGACUGUGAAGAAAAGCUUUGGCAAGUCAACUUACAAAUGUUAUUAAAUAUGAGAGGCGCUUCUUGAUUUUCCUCAAGAAUAAAACUGUGAUGUGACCGAAGUGACUGUAACUGCCCAGAACUGACGCUCGCCGUCAAAAUCAAGGGUACAAAAUCAAUUUACAGAUGAGCCUCCAUCCACAUGCAUAACAAUGGACUCUAAUGGAGCAGCAUGAGAUGAGAUGAAGUCUGUGUCUUUUAUGCACUGAAAUCCGAGCAAAGCCAGAAUCAGAUAAAUGAACUCCAGUGAAGCAUCAGCUCAGCCAAAAGCACCUCAUGUCGUUUCUGGACUGCACCUGUAUCUCCUCCCACUCACAAGUCCAGUCCAUCAGCAUAGAGGAGCAGUAUGAAGACAUCAGCCAUCAGUGCUCGAGCAGUGAUGUGUCUCCGUGUUCUGUGUUGACGGAUGAAGAUGACAUCACAGAUCUUUCCACUGACCCUGCCCACUAUCAGCUGCUGUCACAACUGGGCCGGGGCUUUAAUAACCUCAGUCAGGUGAGCAUGGCACGUCACACACCAUCUGGCCGGCUGGUGGCAGUGAAAAACACAAACCUGGACGAGUGUACAGAAGAUGAGCUUCUGCAGCUGAUGAAUGAGGUUCUGCUGUCCAGACGGUUCCGUCACCCAAACCUGCUCACGUCCAGACUGGUGUUCAGUUCGUGCUGUCAGCUCUGGGUUCUGUCUCCUCUCAUGAGUUACGGUUCUGCAGACUCUCUGCUCAGGUCGUACUUUCCGGAUGGAAUGAGCGAGUCUCUGAUCGCGUACCUGCUUUAUGGAGCGCUCAGGGCGCUCGAGUACCUGCAUCACAUGGGCUACGUGCACAGAGGUGUGAAGGCCAGUCAUGUGCUGCUGUCAGCUGAAGGCCGUGUGUGUUUGUCAGGGCUUCAAAGUGUGUACAGUCUGAUGAAGGAUGGCAAGAGGAUGAGAGCUGUGUUUGACAUGCCUCAGCACAGUCCGUCUCUCCUGCCGUGGCUGAGCCCAGAGCUUCUGCGACAGGAUCUUCAUGGCUAUGGAGUGAAAUCAGAUAUCUACAGUCUGGGAAUCGUGGCAUGUGAGCUGGUCAGUGGCAGAGUGCCGUUCCAGGACAUGCCGCCCACUCUGAUGCUGCUUCAGAAGUUGCGGGGUUCUCACUGUUGUCUCCUCGACGUCCCCCCUUACCCGCUCGGAGACAUGGGGGCGCUCAAGGUGUCUCGCUCUGGUGUGGAUUCGGGGAUCGGAGAGAGUGUUGCGACUGGAAGUCUGACUCGUACUGCCACUGCGGAGAGACCUCAAAGCCCUGCCCCCAAAAACCACUCUGCUACACUGCACAACCUGGUCCAACUGUGCCUGCAGCAGCAGCCUGAACGCAGGCCGUCUGCGACUGCUCUCCUCACCCACCCCUUCUUCAGACAGGUGAAGAAACACACGAGGGACUCUUUCCUUAGUUUGAUGUAUCCAGCCGUGCCAGUGUCCUGUCCUCCAGACACGCCUCCAUCCGGAACACCGACCCAGACCUGCAACACCCCGUCUCCCACCGAUACUGAGCCAGAGGACUGCAUGUGGGACUUCUCCUAAACCUUGCUAUCCCUCUCUUAUCCACUUCCUUUCUCACACAAACCUUGACCCAAGCAACUAGCGAUAAAUAUAUUCCAUGUUAAUCCGUCCUAACCAGCAGCUACAUUUUGUCAUUCACUUAGUUUGUAUUUAUGUCAUAUCAAACUACGGUAGCCCACCCACAGUGAAAUCUCUUUGGUCUAAAUCCCCGCUCUUUAUGGACCAAAAUAUUGAUGACAUCAUCUUGCACUUAUGGGCGUAUCUACAUUUUUAGCCAAUCAAAUACUCUCUAGAAUGAGUACAUACCAGCUGCCUAGACAUUUCCUGACUAGCAAUAGCAAGUAUAAAAUCAUUGUUAAUGGCUACAACCUAAACUAAAAGCCUAUUAAUACAUUUAAAAAAAAAAUAUUAAUUGAUAAAAUAAAAGUGAAAUUGUGAUAUAGUGCGGUUAUUAAAUCUCAAAGGCUGCUAUUUAAUUAAAUACAUGCACUGCAUAUUUCACAGUGAAGCACAGCAGUGUUUUCAGUGUCUCUGAGUGACUCGGUUUGCAGUAAAUGCUGAUCCACAUGACCUCAGUCCAUACACAAAGUAGUAUUAUUAUUAUAUAUUUUUAAAUACUUGAUUUUAAAUUUUACAGUGACAUUACAAUAGUAAUAUUAUUUUUGUUUAAUAUUUUUAUUUAGUAAUAAUAUUAAUAUGAUUAUUAUGAU